AUGGACAAUAUGUCGAUGGUGACAGAAUUUAUUCUUAUGGGUUUUGCUGGACCAUGGAAGCUUCAGAUUUUACAAGAUGGGAUAUUCUUAGUAAUAUACCUGACAGCCUUGAUGGGAAAUGGUCUCAUUAUUACCAUAACAUCUUUGGACCCAUGCCUCCACACACCAAUGUACUUCUUCAUAAGGAAUCUCUCCCUCUUUGAUAUUUGCCUCAUUUCUGCUGUUGUACCCAAAACUAUUGUCAACUCCUUGACACACAGCAACUACAUCUCUUUCCUUGGAUGUGUCAUCCAGCUCUUUCUGGUGGCAUUUUCAGCAACCACAGAGCUGUUCCUCCUUACAAUGAUGUCCAUUGACCGCUAUGCUGCCAUCUGUCACCCUCUACACUAUGAGGUUAUCAUGAACAGGGGCACUUGUGUGCAAAUGGUGUUUUUCUCUUGCCUCACUGGUGGUUUCUUGUCUAUGAUACACACAGCAGUCACCUUUACUUUUUCUUAUUGUGAAAUCAUUGAAAUUCAUCAAUUCUUCUGUGAUAUUCCUCAAUUGUUAGCUAUUUCAUGUUCAAAGAAUAUAUCUGUAGAGAUUGCCCUCCUUUUCAUUAAUAUAGUACUAGGAUUCUGCUGCUUUAUUUGCAUCAUCAUCUCCUACACUUACAUCUUCUCCACUGUAAGGAAGAUUCCAUCCACAGAAGGACGAUCAAAAGCUUACUCAACUUGCAUCCCACACCUAACAGUCUUUAUACUGUUCCUCUCAACUGCCUUUGGUGCUUAUCUAAAACCUAUUUUAGCAUCUGCAUCCUUUACUGAUCUCAUUCUAUCUGCGUUCUAUAUUAUGUUGCCCCCAUCCCUUAACCCAAUUAUAUAUGGUCUGAGAAACAAGGCCAUGAAACUUGGUUUACAGAAGCUGACUACAAAAUUCUUGCCAAAGGAAAAUCUAUUUCUUUUCCUUCAAUCGUAG